AUGGGAACAGUAAUGGAAAUUAGAAAUAAAUUCUAAGAUUAAUUUACUAAAAAGCAUUAAGUAAAAUUAGGUUUCAUGUCAUUCUUUAUAAAAGCAUGUUCAGCAGCAUUGUAAUAAUAGCCUAUUGUAAAUGCAGUUAUUGAUGGAAAAGAGAUUGUUUAUAAAAAUUAUAUUGAUAUUUCUGUUGCAGUUGCUACUCCUACAGGUCUUAUGGUUCCUGUACUUAGAAAUGCUGAAACUUUGAGUUUUGCAUAAAUCGAAAAAGAAUUAAUUAGAUUAGGUAAUAAAGGUAAAGAAGGAAAAAUUUCAGCUGAAGAUAUGGCUGGAGGUACUUUUACUAUUUCCAAUGGUGGUGUUUUUGGAUCUUUAAUGGGUACUCCUAUUUUAAAUCCACCCUAAUCAGCUAUUUUGGGUAUGCAUUCAAUUGUUAAUAGACCUGUAGUUAAAAACGAUUAAAUCGUAGCAAGACCAAUGAUGUAUUUGGCCUUAACUUAUGAUCAUAGACUAAUUGAUGGAAGAGAGGCUGUUACUUUCCUAAAAACUAUUAAAGAAGAAAUCGAAGAUCCUAGAAAAUUACUUUUAGAUAUUUGA